CCAAAAUGGCGUCCGUUUACAAGUCCUUGUCGAAGAGCAGCAACGAGAAGCCUGAAUCAUCGAGCAAUGGCGUCAAGAAAAACAAGCAGAGAGUCCUGAUCUUGUCCAGCCGAGGUGUCACCUACAGACACCGCCAUCUUUUGAACGAUAUUGCUUCACUGCUCCCUCACAGCCGAAAGGAUGCCAAAUUCGACUCAAAGUCCAGACUGGGCGAGCUCAAUGAGCUGGCUGAGCUCUACAACUGCAAUAACGUUCUUUUCUUCGAAGCGAGGAAGGGCAAGGAUUUGUAUGUGUGGUUGAGCAAAGUGCCUAAUGGCCCGACGGUCAAAUUCCAUCUCCAGAACCUGCACACAAUGGAGGAGCUGCACUUCACUGGCAACUGCUUAAAGGGCUCACGGCCGAUCCUUUCGUUCGACGCCGCUUUCGAGACACAGCCGCACUUCCGUGUCAUCAAGGAGCUAUUUCUUCACACCUUUGGCGUUCCUCAGGGCGCGCGAAAGUCCAAGCCUUUCGUCGACCACGUCAUGGGCUUCACGAUUGCAGAUGGAAAAAUCUGGAUUCGAAACUAUCAAAUCUCCGAGGUUGAGCAGAGCAUGGUCAAGGGUGAUGGCGAGGACUACGUCUCUGAACAAGCCGCGACUGGCAGGUCCAAGAACACGGAUAUCAAUCUUGUCGAGAUCGGACCCAGAUUCGUCCUCACACCUCUUGUGAUCCAGGAAGGCUCAUUCGGUGGCCCGAUCAUAUACGAGAACAGAGAAUUCGUCUCUCCCAACCAAGUCAGAGCCGAUAUCCGAAGGGCAAAGGCUGCAAGACACAGCGCCAGGACAGAACAGACAGUCGGACGUUUGUCUAAGAAGAGUGAUUUGGGUCUGCGAUCCAACGGGAACCGACGGGCCAAGGAUGAGCUGGAUAAGUCUGCGCUUUUUGCGUAA